UACCGCCAGGUACAAACUUGUUAUGGUGGAAAGAUAGAGAAGUAAAAUUAAUGACGUAGAGCCAUGCUUCAUGAAGUUCUUCUUGCCUUGACAGGUCACUGUGGUGGUGUUUUCAAGGACAACGGAGAUGGAAUAAAAGUUUUGGAAGACCUCCCGUUUAUCCACCCAUCUGAAGUGAAUGUACUGAACCAGCUAUGUCGUUUGGGUACCUUGUACAAAGGGUUCAAGGUGUUCAUUCACAAAUAUGGAUCUACUCUGAGCUUCCAAAAUGCAGAGAACUCCGUUUGUGGAAACCUACAUGGAAUGUACAUCAAGGCUUUUUGUCAUGGUUUGGAUGAAGUUCUCCAGGAUUACAGGCAGUUGCUGCUGCAACUAGAGCAAGACAUCAUUGCCGAUCCUCACCUCCCUGUCUCCCACCUACAAUGUGCCUUACAACAGUACCAACUGUUAUUUCCUGCUCUUUCGUCUGUCAUUGAACAGAUUAAAUCACAUAAGGCUCAUGGUUGUUACAUUCUGGACAUUAUCCACAAGAACUCUAUAUGUGGAUUACCAUCUGUGAAAGAAGCUCUGAAUAGGGUACUCCAUGUCUGUCAUGGUGUGAUGUUUAAGCAGCUGUGUGCUUGGCUGCUCCACGGGAGUCUGAUCGACCCAUACCGAGAGUUCUUCAUACAGAAGGCAGGCGGGGGACGAGGUGAGCAGACGGACGAAGACACGCAGGAUACACAAGAUGAUGAGCUUGGCAUCAUGGGAGUAACUGGGAGGCAGUUGCAUCGCCUCCUGAACCUGUCGAGUGUGGCUGGUGAGACUCCCUCAGUCAGUCAGUUCACGGUGCAGGCGGACCUGCUUCCCACCUACAUCCCGGCCAGGGUGUCCAGCCACAUCCUCUUUGUAGGGGAGUCAGUACAAAUGUUCGAAAAUGAUAGACACAAACCUCAAGCACAGAAAAUAGGGUCAAUACUCAAACACCGAGAACAGGAAUUUGCCAGGGCUCUACAUGAGCUCUCUAAGCCGUCUCUAUUCAACAGUAUGGAGUUUGAAAGUCUCAUAGAAAAGAUCAGGACAUACGUUGCUGAGCAUUUAUGGGUGUUGAUAGUCCAGGAGUCUGGUUUAAUCAACCAAAUCCGCAUCAUGAAGGAUUUCUACCUAUUGGGCCGAGGGGAGCUGUACCUGGCCUUCAUAGACCAGGCCCAGCAGCUACUGAAGGCCCCGCCCACCGGAACAACAGAGCAUGAUGUCAAUAUGGCGUAUCAGCAGUCUGCGAGAAAUGUGCUUCUUGAAGAUGAAAAUUUCUUUCAACACUUCCACCUGACUGUUACAUCUAAAGCUGCAGAGAAAAAGAGUGGUCUGGCGGAGGAUGGAACCUCAGGUGGCACAGCGGAGACAGGCUGGAAGUGUCUGGGUCUCACCUGCACCAUCCAGUGGCCUCUACACAUCUUCUUUACCCCCAACAUCCUGGACAAGUACAACCGGAUAUUCCGGUUCCUGUUGGCAGUAAAGAAAACACAGACUGAUCUGCAGUCAUGUUGGACUUUUCAAAUGCAACGUAAGAAGAAGACUCUCCGAACAGAGGAAGCGCCCAAGUGGCAGCUGAGGACACACAUGAUGUUCCUUGUGGAUAAUCUACAGUACUACCUUCAGGUUGAUGUGAUUGAGUCUCAGUAUGGCAUUCUGCUGGAGAAGAUCAACUCAACAGGAGAUUUCGAAGCUGUCAAGUUGGCCCAUGAGCAGUUCCUAGUCACACUACUGUCACAGAGCUUUGUUCACAUGAAAUCUGUAUCCAGCUGCCUGUCUGACAUCCUGGAGCUGUGCUCCACCUUCUCCCGACUUGUGAAUGAAGCGGAGUCAGCCAACAUCACACACACUAUUCCACAGCUCCAGACCAUUGCAAAGAACUUUCAACGUCAGUCCAGCUUGUUAUUCAAGAUACUGUCCAGUGUGCGGAGUCACAAUGCCAGCCCCCAUCUUGCCCAGUUGUUGCUGAGACUCGACUUCAACAGAUAUUUCUCUACAGCUGGAGGCCAGUUGGGCAGUAUCUGAGAAACAGGAUCACCGCGACAAUGGACAUGAUUAUAUGGGAAGAAGGAACUAUGUAGGAGAUACUGACUAAGGAAGACCUUGUAAUAUUUGUAACUUAAUUGCUAAGUUAUCAAUUCAUUGUCUUGUGAUACUGUAGCAUUGAAUAAUGAAUUGAUGCUUUUGUUGAAACUGUAUAUCAGAUGUACAGCUGAGAUGAUGUUCUUGUGGUCUUGUAACAUGUUUCCUAUGCUACAGGUAGGAGCACAGGCAACAAGUCUAAGAUGCUGAAUUCUUUUUGCAGAGUUAUGUCCUGCAGAAUGUCACAGUUGAUGAUAAAUGACAUAUUGUUAUAUUGUUUUUUUUCUGUAACACAUUUCACUGUAUAGUGUAAAUAAUAUGAAUAAUAAAAUCAAAAUCAAAUGUUUUAUAGUAA